UCGACGCCAAAGCUGCGAAAUAUUCCGAGUUGCCCAUUUUGAUAGCUCGUUCGCUCGGAGCGCUCCGCUAUCCUCAAUAGUUCGAUUGGCGAUUUCUUGAUUUCUUUCCAUAUUUUCUCUCCAGUUUUUGUUGGUUAUGUAGGGUUUCGGCAGUUUAGUUCUUGAGGGUUAUGGCUGAAGAAAAUCCAGCCGAUGUUAAAGAAGAGGUACCAGAGCUGGCUCCUUUUGAUCCGAACAGAAAGAAGAAGAAAAAGAAGCCAGUUGUUCAAGACACGACCGAAGAGAUGGAUAAAUUAGCUGAAAAGACUGAUGACUUGUCAGUUUCUGAUGAUCUGGAUACUAGUUUUGUGGGGAUGAAGAAAAAGAAAAAGAAGCCGGUGGAAACUGACUUUUCGAAUGAUGAGAAUAGGGAUGCUGGAGAGAACCAUGAUGGCAACCGUGUUGGAGAGGAUGAAGAGGGGGAGGGCAUUGUUCUAGGAGGUGUACGCUAUCCUUGGGAAGGCACUGACCGAGACUAUAAGUAUGAAGAGCUUCUGGAUAGAGUAUUCAAUAUCUUACGUGAGAAUAAUCCCGAUCUUGCCGGAGAUAGGCGCAGGACAGUGAUGAGGCCGCCACAAGUUCUUAGGGAAGGAACUAAGAAGACUGUCUUUGUGAAUUUCAUGGACCUAUGCAAGACGAUGCAUAGGCAGCCAGAGCAUGUGAUGACUUUCUUACUGGCUGAAAUGGGAACAAGUGGAUCUCUUGAUGGCCAACAGAGAUUGGUUAUCAAGGGAAGAUUUGCACCUAAAAAUUUUGAGGGAAUAUUGAGACGAUAUAUCAAUGAAUAUGUCGUAUGCAAUGGUUGCAAAAGUCCUGAUACUAUACUCUCAAAAGAGAACCGUCUCUUUUUUCUGCGGUGCGAACAGUGUGGCUCUGCUAGGUCAGUUGCACCCAUUAAGGCUGGAUUUGUUGCUCGAGUUGGACGGCGCAAGGCUGGACCAUGAGCCUAUAUUUAUGUCCAACUGAUGGCUUCCUUCAGUUAUAUUCGAAAUAUCCACCUGCUCUGAGCUUUGCAAAUGAAUUUAUGCUGAACAGUUUUGCCAUCUGGUUUGGUUACGAGAAUUUUAUAUGAGUCUUACCUCAUCUAAUAUUCGUAUUAAAUGGAGGAUUAGUGAAUAAAUAUGUCCGAGUGCGUGCUUGAGUCAGGUUUCAUGUUACUGGUGAGUGCAUAUGGUACAUUGGCAAGAUAAUGUUGUAUUUGGAGAAAUGCUAAAUCUAUUGUGUUUGUUACAGAGACUAUAUUGAGUCGUUGACGAAUGGCUAGAAUUGAAUGUAUGAAUGCAACUUAUCUAUAAUGUAGGAUUGUUGAGCUCUUGUUAUGC